AUGGCAUUCCCAACUACAACACGAGCAUUCCGCCGCACAUCCAAUGGCAAAAACAUCGAACUGGUUACCGAAUCUAUUCCUCAAAGCCUGCAGCCAACACAAGUUCUCCUCAAGAUACACGCAGUGUCUCUAAACUUCCGCGAUGUGGGGAUGCUACACAAUCGCUAUCCAAUUCCGGUCAUUCCACACGGAGUUCCUUGUUCAGAUGCUUCUGCGACAAUCAUCUCAAUCGGCUCUUCGGUUACAGGGCUUGCAGAAGGCAACUUUGUAGCUCCGACCUUCCGAGAGACUUGUUCUGGAGAGAUCAAAGCGCUUGGUGGAGAUGUGGAUGGAGUAUUGAGAGAAUACGCCAUCUUUGAUCAAUGCGAUAUUACCAAGAUCCCGAGCUAUCUGAGCCAUGAAGAAGCGUCCACCAUCCCUUGUGCUGGAGUUACUGCAUGGACAGCUUUGGAUUUCGACAAGAAGAGACAAGGAAAGAGUGCGUUGAUGCAAGGUACUGGUGGUGUAAGCAUCUUUGCUACUCUGCUCUGCGUCACUACUGGCAUGGCCGCUAUCAUCACUUCCUCUUCCGACGAGAAGUUGGAGAAGUGUAAGGAGUUAGGUCAAGUCGUUCAGGGUAUCAACUACAGAACACACGAGGAUUGGGAUGAAGAAGCGAAGAGAUUGACACAAGGCGAUGGUGUUGAUGUUGUCAUCAAUAAUGUCGGCAUCACUUCCAUGGAGCAAUGCUUCAACGCUCUGGCAAGAUACGGCACCGUCUCCUUGGUUGGCUUCUUGGGCGGAGUUGAAGGCGCAGAAAUGCCAGACUGCUUUACUCCUGUGUUGAUGAAGGCGGCGAGAGUACAGUCAGGNGGCAUCUUUGUCGGUACACGCGAGGAUCAGCAAGACCUUUGCGCAUUCCUGGCAGAGAAGAAGAUUUCUUUGAAGCCACUUGUGGAUAGGGUGUUCGAGUUCGAGGAGUCGGCUAAGGCGUUUGAGUAUCUUUACUCUGGUGCUCAUACCGGCAAAGUUGUCAUCAAGCUUUAA